UCGGAAUCAUGCAGAAGAUUGUUUACGAUGAAUUUCUUCCUGCUUUCCUUUCACCGACUGCGAUGAAGAAAAAUGAACUUGCCAGUUCAAACAGAUACAAAUACGAUUCACAGCUUGAUCCUACCGCUGCCAACGUUUUUGGAAUAGCGUUCCGUAUGGGCCACACUUGGAUUCCUACGUUUAUGUCGGUGUUCACGAAGAACUUCCAGCCGUUCCGCGAGACACUUCUCAACCUGACCUUCAAUGAUCCCAACAUUACCUAUAUAAAGUCUGUGAACGGAGGUCCAUCUGGGAUGCAGGGGCUGGCCUACGCGCUAUCUGCCCUCCAGGCAGAAAAAACUGACAGAAUCAUCGAAGAAACUGUCCGCAGCUUCUUAUUUGUCAACGAGUUGGAAGAUACUUCCUUCGAUCUGGCAUCCCUGAACAUCCAGAGGGGUCGCGACCACGGACUCCCCUCCUACAACGAGUUCCGUAAAUGGUGCGGGCUGUCAUCAGUUAGGUUCUGGGACACAUCCUUACCUGGAGGCCUUGUUGAUCACACCCUUGAGACAAUCACUCUUCUUAAAGCUGCUGGUUACAGUUCGCCCCAAGACAUAGACUUUUUCCCCGGAGCCAUGAGCGAAAAGCCCGUAUCUGGUGGACUCUUUGGUCCGACCAUUGAGUGCAUCAUAGGGGACCAGUUCCGGAGACUCAAGUUCGGAGACAGAUUCUUCUUUCAGAACAAGGACACUGGCUUUAAUAAAGGUGUGUUCAUCGAUCUUCUGGGCCCACCAUCGUUUAAAGAGACUAGGUUUUCAACGCUUAAUUUACAAUGA